GUGUGUGUGUGUGUGUGUGUGUGUGUGUGUGUGUGUGUGUGUGUGUGUGUGUGUGUGUUCAUUCAGAGCAGCGGUCAGAGAAAGAAACGUCCAAACUGCAGUGGAGGAACCAACCAGACAGCAGGUGACGUGAUGUCGCUGUCCCAGAUCACGCCCACGCUGUUCCUCAGCGGCGCCGACGCCCCCCUCAACGCGGCCCUGAUGUCCCAGAAGCGCAUCACGCUGAUCGUCAACGCCACGCUGAGCCACGCCAGCCCCGCCUACCCGGGCGUGGAGUGCCUGCGGGUCCCGGUCUCCGACCUGCCCAGCGCCCGCCUCGGGGACCACUUCGACCGCGUGGCGGAGCGGAUCCACGGGAACCGCGGGGGGGGCACCCUGGUGCACUGCGCCGUGGGCAUGAGCCGCUCGCCGGCGCUGGUGAUGGCGUACCUGAUGCGGUACCGCGGCGUGACGCUGGGCCAGGCGCACCGCUGGGUCCAGGACCGCCGGCCCUGGGUGCGGCUCAACGCCGGCUUCUGGGAGCAGCUGCUGCAGUACGAGAGGAGGCUGUACGGCAGGAACAGCGUCAGGGUGGCGCCGGUGCAGGAGCCCCCCCCGCCCCCCCCGCGGCCGACGCCGGCCCCCCCCAGGUCGCCUCUGAUGUCACGGCCGCAGCCGAGGACGCCGGCGAACAGCCGCAGGAGAGGAACCAAACCCAGCGGAGCCAGGAGAUAA